GGCCGUCGAGGUCGUGCGCGAGGACGAUGACGGCACGAACGAACCACACGCACAACAUUGCUCAAUAACUAGCACUUUUAAGCACGACUGACUCACUGCCACGCGAUAUCUGUGAUAGAAUUUUUUGUUUCCGCGCUUUUUUUUUCGUACUUGAAAACGAGAGAGUUUGUUUGACGGCCGUGACUGCGUGGCUGACUGCGUGGCUGGCUGUGGAGCUCGCGGCUGGCGGACGCAGAGCAGAGCGGGCGGCGACUGGGCGGCGACUGGGCGGCCACCGCGUCAUGCUGUACCGCGGCGCGGAGCAGCGCUCGGCCCUGCUAGUGCCCCCGUCUCUGGCGAACAGCACGUGCGGCGCCGUCAGGUUGACCUCUGUGUCCUCGGGUGUGUCCUUCGGGGACGUCGCCCAGGCCACCAUCGUCCUGAUCCUGUCGCUGGGCGUAGUCGGCGCCAACCUCAUGCUGAUCGUGGUCAUCAACAGCCGGCGCUACUCCAAGUACAUCCACGAGCAGCCGCGCUACCUGCUCACGUCGCUGGCCAGCAACGACCUGGCCAUCGGGCUGCUCGUCACGCCCUUCGCCCUGGUGCCCUCCGUCAACCACUGCUGGCCCUUCGGCGAGAUCGUCUGCCAGAUCCAGGCGCUGCUCCGGGGGGCGCUGACGCAGCAGAGCGCCGUCAUCCUCAUCUGCAUGGCCAUGGACCGCUACAUGUGCAUGCUGCACCCCGUGCGAUACCACCGGCACUCCAGCAAAAAGGGCUGCGUGGCGGUCAUCUCGAUGACGUGGGUGCUGUGCCUGUCGCUGUUCGCGCUGCUGGUGCUGCCGCGCGGCGGCUACUACUUCAACCACACGGGGCUGCUGGCCUGCGACCCGUUCUACUCGCGGGCCUCGCUGCGCAUCCUGGCCUCGUGCUGCUUCUACUUCCCGACCACCAUGAUCCUCAUGUACUGCUACGGCUCGGCGUUCCACGUCAACAAGCUGCGGCUAAAGCGGGCCGUGACGGGCUGCGGACAGCCCCACGCACAGCAGGGCCACGCCGUGCAGGGCCACACCGUGCAGGGCCACACCGUGCAGGGCCACGCCGUGCAGGGCCAC